UAAUCACGUCAUUUGUUGUACCCGUCGAAUCGUGGUCCCGAUUGGUCAUUUGAACAAGAUGCGUCCGCAAUAAAACAAAAAUAGAUAAAUUGCUUGAGAGGUUCCGAUUUGGGAGUCCCAUGAUGUGAGGAACGGAUUCCGAAAUAUCUCUUUUUCGAGUGAAAAUGUAUUUUGAAAAUGAAAUUUCGAAAAAAGAGAUAGUUAAUUGCAAUGAGCAACAAAACAGGAAAAUUUGAAAAUUACCAAUUUUACAUUGCGGCUAGGUUAAGGCGUAGGCCUAAAUUCUGGAACGCUUUCUAGAAAAAAAAGAAAAUUGUGGAACUGUAGACAUGUUAUUUUGCUUUUUCCAUUUUGUUCAAUGUUCAUUUCCAUUUCCUUGAUUAAUCUUAGUUUCUGGAAUAAAAAAGACUUUGUUUGAUUCUAGUCGUCAUUUUGAAUUUCAGUUUCAAAUGAACAUUUAGAAAAACAUUUCAAAGAUUUCUCAUUCUGUAUCAUGCUCCUAAGUACCUUUAAGCUGGUAGUUUUUCUUUUUGCAAGGAAAAAUAUUUAUUUCCUUAUUGCAUGUUCGCCAAUCCAUUAUUAGCACAUCGGAUGAUCCUUUAUUGGGUGGGGACAUCGCCUCGUUAGUUAUGAAUCGGUUUCUCAUUCACAAUGUGAUGAACCGCGAAACAUGACGUGAAUCCAGGGGGGACGACAUGAUUCACGAUGUGUGGGGACGUUUUGAUUCAAAAGUCUGCUAGUUCCUGAACUGACCGCAUGGACACGAGUGUGUCUUCCUGAAUAGGCCCGUCGUGACAUUUCAGUCGCAGACGUGCGGCGAAGCGGAAUCAGAAUUCCAAGAGUGCGCGGGGGGCCCAAUCCCUUGGUAACCCCCGCAAAAUCUUGAUUUUUGUUGAUGAAAUUGCUCUAUUGUCAUUUUGCAGCCAAAGGGAAGUGCUUCAACACUCAAAUUGGAAUGAGUAUCGAAGGUGGGAACUAUCGAAGGAUACGAAAUUUCGUGGAUCGAGAAUGUGCGAAAGAGUGCAUCGAAGAUUUCUCAUGUUUUGGCUACGAAUGGAAUAGCGAAGAGAAGAUAUGCUAUCUGAAAUCACGGAGCACGUCUGGAAAGCUCAUCGCUAAACCGAACACUAUGGUCGGAUUCUGCCAAGAUGAUGAUGAGGUACGGUAUCGCCUUCAAGAUCAUGUAAUAGUUGGUCCAAUCGUGAUGGAGGCUGAUGAUGUGCCAGAUGGAGAAGAGUGCAAGGAAAACUGUCGGAAGGUCGGUGCAUUGUACUACUCCUGGAGGCCCAACAGCGACAAUCAACGGAGUAACGUUGUACCAGUAGAAGAAGAAGAAGAUGAUGAAGAACAAGAAGUUCUAGGUCACUGUGAAUGCAUCAGCACGAUGAACGAACUACGAUUAGAAUACGACGCGUUUUCCGGUUUCAUCCCAAUUCCAAAGCACAAACAUCGACGAAGUAUUUUACUGAGGCCUUUUGAAAUAUGAUUUUAAUCUUGUAUUUAAUUAUGUUUAGCUAUUAGUCGUUUAGAUUUUGUAAGUAUAUAACAGUUUACGGGUUCGAAUGCUCCAAAAAUCUCAAUUUUCUUGGUACUAAAACUCCUGUUUCGCUUGCUUUCGUUUCCCCCAUUCAUGUCCAAUACCUUCAUUUCACACUUUUCCCAACACACAAUACGGGUAAUAAGAAUUUUUAAAACUAUGUACCUCUAUGAAUUGCUUGAUCAAUGAAUCAAUU